AGAAUACAAGGGAAUAUCAACGCCGUCAAAUCCAAUAAGAGUAACCCCUUUUCUGAAUAUGGGGUUUAUUAUGACUGGAAAAUUGAUGAAUACAAGUUAUUCAAAACAGUGGGAAAUGACAAUGAUCGAUAUGAUACUUCUUCUUCUGAAGUUUGGGUUUGUAGAUUAGGGUCAGAAUCAUGGGAAAGCAUCGGAAAUAUACCUUACGACACCAAUUAUUCUACGGCUAUUUGUGAGAAGCCUUUAAAUGGGCGAAUUAUUCAUUGGACUAAAGAAACAGAAGUCAUAGUUUCAUUCGAUAUAGUUGAAGUGCGAACCAAAGAGAUCCAUAUACCGGACAGUUGUUAUCUUGAUGAUGAGCUGAACUGGCUUGAUAUGGAAGUGGGUGUCUUGGGAGAGGACCUUUACCUAUCAGUUAAUGAUAGAUCGAAUAGCAAGAUCGAUCCGUGGUUGAUCAAAGAUUAUGGAGUUAAAGAUUCUUGGACUAAAAUCUUCAGCAUUUCAAAAGAUGAAACAAAUAUUUAUUCAUUAGUGCCCAUGCAUUAUGUCAAUAAGAAUCGUGAGAUUCUAUUGUACGGCUAUGGAAGGUUAGAAGGUGAAUUGUCCAAGGAUGUUUUAGUCUCAUAUGACCUAAAAUAUGGAAGACCUAAGAUUUUGGAUAUCCCCUGCAUGCCCAAAUAUUUGUCUGCAACCACUUGUGUUGGAAGUCUGAUUUCACUCAAUUCGGGCAAAUUCGCAAAAGCUGAAAAAAGACCAAUGGGGGACACCAAGCGAAAGCGUGGUGCAACUUUGUGA